AUGUGCAGAGGCCAGUAUUUGGACCAUCAUCACUUUUAUCAUCAACUGUGUCCGCGGUGUGCUGAUCAUAACUGGCUGAAGCGACAGCAGACGGCCGACAUGCGUGGCAUGGUUUGCGUGGUCACUGGCGGACGUGUUCGCAUUGGUUUCCAAAUAGUUCUAAAGCUCUUGCGAGCAGGAGCAUUCGUGCUCACAACCACUCGCUUCCCGUGCGAUUGUGCUUUGCGAUAUUCCAAGCAGCCAGAUUACCAUGAAUGGCGGGACCGCUUAGAGGUAUGCGGACCUUUGGAGCUUUGCGACAUGCGGCUUGUGGAGCGAUUCUGCCAGCAGCUUUCGCGCCGUUUUCCCCGCAUCCAUGUUCUCAUCAACAAUGCAGCGCAAACUUUGACUCGGCGGGAUGGUUGGAAUGCUCGCAUGGAGGAAUUGGAGGGCAAAGCUGCCGAGCUCAUCCACGGGUUGGCAGCAAUUCGACAGCCUGCCCAAUUGACCGAGCUGGCCCUUCCUGCUUCAAUCGGUCAGCGAUCGGAAGUGGUUUCAGUUCCAGAUGCAAAUGCUAUGUGGAAGCAGGCUGCUGCUUUGGAGGAUUUCCCGAAAGGGCAGCUUGAUGAGUCCAGGCAGCCGCUGGAUCUCUCCGCCCAGAACAGCUGGUCCAGACGCAUAGAGGAUAUUGACACGUUGGAGCUUCUGCAAACGCUGGCUGCGAACACCGCGGCCCCGUUCAUCCUAUGCAGCAAGUUGGCCGAAGCUUUGGCUCCGAAAGAUGAGUCCGAACCAUACGGCCACAUUGUCAACGUCAGUGCUCUGGAGGGGAAGUUUUCCGUCAAGAACAAAAGCCCAGGCCAUCCACAUACGAAUAUGGCCAAAGCGGCUUUGAACAUGAUGACGCACACCGCCUGCAAGGACAUGUUUCGUCGUCGGAUUUUGAUGAAUUGCGUGGACACCGGCUGGGUGACAGAUAUGGCGCCGGGUGGAGUUGGUGCCGUUGCUGCCAGCCAUGAAACUUGGGUUGGGCCACCGCUGGAUGAAGAGGAUGGGGCUGCUCGUGUGCUCGAUCCUGUCUUCAGCCAUCUUUUGGACAAGACAUGGCUCCUGCGAGGGAAGUUCUUCAAGAACUACUACGUUUGUGGGUGGUGA